AUGGGUACAUUGCUAGCUACGCCGAUAACGGAAAAGUUUAAUGAAUCUGGUGAGGGCAAUAAUCUGCGUUAUGGGCUCUCCAGCAUGCAAGGAUGGCGUGUUUCCAUGGAGGAUGCCCAUUGUGCGAUAACUAGACUUCCCGGUCACCUUAAGGAUUGGUCCUUUUUUGCCGUCUUUGAUGGACACGCAGGCGCACUUGUUUCGGAACGCUGUGCAGCUGAGCUGCUGAAGCGUAUUGUGGAUACGGAAGAGUUCAAGAAGAUCGAUCCGGAGCUGGCACCGAGUGUACCAGAGGUGCGCCAGGGUAUCCGGGAGGGCUUUCUGGCCCUUGAUGAGGAGCUACGCAACUUGCCAGAGAUUGCCAAUGGCACAGACAGAUCGGGCUCCACAGCAGUAUGUGUGCUUAUCACGCCGAAGCACAUCUUUUUUGUCAAUUGCGGUGACUCACGCGCAGUGCUCAUCCGCGACGGCGAGGUGGGCUUUGCUACCACCGACCACAAACCCGCCCAUCCAAGUGAGAAGGAACGUAUUCAAAGGGCUGGUGGUUCUGUCAUUGUCGAGCGUGUCAAUGGCAAUCUUGCCGUCUCCAGAUCGCUGGGUGACUAUUCUUACAAGACGGCACGCGACCUCGGUCCAACAGAGCAGCUGAUUUCACCAGAGCCGGAGAUUACGGUAAUAGAUCGACAGCCGGACCACGACCAAAUGGUAGUUCUGGCAUGCGACGGGGUCUGGGAUGUGGUGAGCAAUGAAGAUUUAUGUCGUGUGGUCAGUGAGCGUAUGCGCAGCAUUGGCGAUCUAUCGAAGGUUUGCAACGAGGUCAUUGACUACUGCCUCUACAAUGGCAGUUCAGAUAAUAUGAGCAUGGUUCUUGUGGCCUUUGAGCCGGCACCCAAAAUGGAUUCGGAGCUGCAGGCCAAGGACAAACGCUUGGAGGAAACUGUAGAGCGUAUGGCAAAUGGUGCGUUUUCUAAAGGAUUCACCUCUCUUGACUCAUUACUUUUUAAUGUAGCCGACGAAAUGUUCGCAACUGCUCCAAUUACGAUUUCGAAUAGCCUCCGCUCAAUAAAUACGAUAGUUGGGAAUCGUGUUCGUUCACCGAACAUUGGAACUAUUCUCAUCUUUGCAGACAUUUUGAAUAGCGAUGGCUGUCCAAAGUCGACACCGGUGAAUCAUCUCCUUAGUCGUAUUCGCAGUAACCUGAAUGGCGAAUUCCCUCCUCAUGCUGUGUAUUGCAAAGGAGCCCUGGUUCAACGAAUAUUGGACGCUCGCGGACCUUCUACCUCGAAGGGAGGACCUGAAUGCUCUCCUGAUACAAAUUCUCGGUUGUCAAUGAUUCAGCAGUUGCUGGCCUCCUGUCAUGGCAUCAUACAGAACGGUUCUUCUUCAAUUCAACGCUCUGGAAUUGCUGAGCCUGUUGUGGAGCCUGCUGAAGAGGCUGAAAAGGUCAAUCCCUCUACGAACACCACCACAAACGCUUCCCCCGUCACCACCUCUGCUGCGUCGCCAACUGAGUCUACCAACUAG